AUGCACGGCACUGGUGGCAACAAAUCGCCUAAGCAAGGCUUCGUCCCUUGGCUGAAAGAGAUCUCUGAUGGGGCUGUUGGCAAAGGCGGCAAGGGGAGUGGCAAGGGAAAGGGCAAGGGAAAAGGCGCUUUCCACGAAGCCCCUAGGCCGGGACGCUUCAGAUCGGUCAAUAAGGGCCCGGGCUGCGACAGUUCACUAGAGCGGGCGUCCAGUCGUGUGUGGACAUUCCUCGACGAACAGGGAGCUCCUGAGAAGGCUCGAGGGUUCUUCCUUUCGGGCUGUUCGGCUGCCUCAGCGAUCGAGGCGGUCCGGAACGCCACUACGUUGGAUGAGGCACGGGACAUCGCUCUGGGCAAAGACCAAGAAUUUACGUCAUUACCGUCGUUAACGGUGCUAGAAAACGGUGUCACUUCCUGGGUCCAGCGAGCUACUGUGGACGGAAGGAUCGGCGACCUCAUGCGGAGAUUGCUUUCCAUAGCCGACCUCGACGACGUGCUAGCAGGCCGUGUCCCUUCACUUGAAGCUGAGAGCCUGGCCGCUGGCGCACGCGAUGGAACUUAUCGGAAUGUAUCGGCCUUUGCCAACGCUCAGAUUCGUCUAGAAGUCCCCGACGGAACGAGUGGCGAGGCCACGACCAGGGUUGGGGUAGCAGUCCGGAGCCCUACAAUAACUGGCAAAACAGCUGGCAGCAACCUCGACAGUCGCCUGCAUCGUUUCAAGGGAGUUGGUCCCAAGCCGGCCCUCAGGGGUACCAGCAAGGCUAUGAUGGGGCCUGGACCGGCGAACGAUGGUGAACAAUCUGAGUAG